UUGAAUGAGCUGCACAAGAAACUGGGUGUUUCCCGAGUUUUCUUGGCUACCGAUGCUCCUGAAGCGGAAGUUGAUCAACUCGCCAAACUCGUGACAGUUCCUGUGCUAAGGUUCCACGAUGCUGAAUUGCUCGAUGGAGCUGUGGCAAUUGUUGACCAAUGGAUAUGUGCCCAUGCACGAGCGUUCAUCGGAAGUCACGUCUCCACGUUUUCCUAUCGUAUACAGGAAGACCGUGAGAUCCUAGGAUUCGCACCGAACACCACAUUUCAACCGUUUUUGCCCAGAUGA